AUGGAAGAGAAAUCCCUAAUUCAAGAUGAUAAGGAGGUUGCAAGAGAACUAUUUACAAUGAUCAAGAGAGACACCACUGCUAUAGAGACGGGGCUUGAUGAAAAUAUUAGUGGGGUAGGAACGGAUAGAGGAAAGCUCUUAGUUGCAGAGCAGUUCUCAGAUAUGGGGUUAUCAGAUGAGCUUUUAAAGGCUAUAUAUAACAAAGGAUUCGAAAAGCCUAGCUUAAUUCAAAAAUCAGCAAUACCUCAUAUUCUUAGAGGACAUAACGUUGUAGUUCAAAGCAAAAGCGGGACCGGAAAGACGAUAGCUUACACUUGUGGGAUCCUUGGAAACACAAGGGCUGGGGAAGGAACCCAAGCAUUAGUAGUUACACCCACCAGAGAGCUAAGCACACAGGUUACCGAGGUUAUUUCGGGUCUAGCCAAAUCCCUUGGAAUGAAAGUUUUUUCAGCAUUGAAAAACAAAGCUACGGACUCUGUUAUGGGAGAGAUUGUUGUUGGAAGCCCUGGAACUAUUCUGAAGCUCAUUGAUCUUGGAAAACUGAAUCAUAAAGAGAUUAGGACUAUAGUCCUUGAUGAGGCAGAUAUUCUUCUUGAUAAAGACAUGAUGGGAACACAGACCUUCAGGAUACUCAAGCUUGUUUCUGGGGCACAGAUUGUUUUCUUUUCCGCAACAUACUCUGAACAAGUUAAGCAAACAAUUGAAUUUUAUGCGCCUGAUGCAAUCAAAAUGUAUGAGGAGCGUAACGGAAAGCCAGACGAAAUUAAGUUAUUCUACAUAGAAUUAGAAGGGGACAACAAAAGAAAGGCAUUGAAGUCUCUUUAUGAAUAUCUUUCAAUUAGUCAAAUGAUCAUAUUUGUAAGUUCAAAGGCAACAGUCAAUUACUUGAGGAAAAAAUUAGAAGAUGACUUGCAUUCUGUGUCAUGCUUGCAUGGCGACUUAGAGAUUGAGGAAAGAGAGAGAGCUGUUGAAGAGUUUAGAUCUUCGAAAUCCAAGAUCCUUCUUACAACAGAUGUCUUCUCAAGAGGGAUGGACAUUCCACAAGUCAAUCUAAUUGUUAACUAUGACCUUCCAAUAUACAAAGGAAUUGCAUCGACACAAACCUAUAUCCAUAGGAUAGGAAGGUCCGGAAGGUUUGGAAGGACAGGGUUUGUAGUGGAUUUUGUUCGGGAUGAAGAACUAGAAGGAUAUCUAAAAUUCCAAAAAGAAUUAAAAUUUGCAUCGAAGAAAUUUACAAUUAGGGCGCUUGAAGAGAUUGCAGCAGAGCUUGGGUAG